AUGGCGCCGGGGCCGCUGGACCUGGUGCACUUGACAACCUGGGCCGUGAGUGCCGUGAUCAAGCUGCCGCAGCUGGUGGCGGUUCUGAGGGCCGGCUCGGCGUGGGGACUCAGCGUGACCAGCCUCCUCCUGGAGCUGGCCGGCUUACUUGUGUUUCUGAGGUACCAGAUCUAUUAUGAUUACCCCCUGGAGACAUACCUGGAGUAUCCCAUCAUCAUUGCACAAGAUGCCAUUCUCCUUUACUGUAUUAUGCAUUUCAGUGGAAAAGCAAAACGAGCUUUGUUCUAUACAGUCGUAUUUUGGGGGGUCUGGUACAUGCUAACACUGCAGAAGUGGAUAAUAGACCUGGCCAUGAAUCUGUGCACGCUCGUCAGUGCAGCCAGUAAGCUGGUUCAGCUGCAGCACCUCUGGCAGACCAAAGAUUCCGGACAAGCGAGUGCCCUGACCUGGGGCAUGGGUGCAUACACCUGUGCAACAAGAAUUAUUACAACUGUAAUGACUACGAAUGAUCUCGCAGUUCUCAUCCGUUUCAUAACCAUGCUCAUUCUCAAUAUUUGGGUCACAGCCACAAUCCUGCACUACAGGAAGACUAAAAAGACUGAUUAGAAGACACUCAUCAGCACACAUACCAUUACCAUGAAAAAAAUUCAAUUAAGCCUAAAGAAUUUAAGAAUUCCUUAAAGACUGAGGAAGCUCUCUUUCUCUAGUAUUUACCCUUUAGCAUACUUAUAGUAUUUACAGACUUACAGUAUAGCACAUUCAUGCUUACUUUAUUUUAGAAAUAAUUCUGAUAAGAUACUUAAUUUAAGCAGCAAAUUUUUAUUGGUCAUUUCAGACAAGUUUCACUGAUAUCACAUUUUCUCUGGAUGUUCUUUACUACAAUGUAUUUCAUAAUUAGGUGUAUAUAUAUUCUGGUGUCACUUCAGUACUUUCUGGUUACAUAUAAGCAAUGUUCUUCAGUUAUACAUGAUCAGUUUUGCACCAACACACUGACUCAUCCUUCUGCUGCAAGACUGAAAAACCACAACAAAUGUUUGUCUUCUUGCAAGCAAGUCAAUUAGUUCAACAUUAACUGUCUGUAUUUUAGGAUGAAGAAAAUCUGAGUCAAGGCCCAAUCCAGAAUAAGGUUCUAAAUGUCUUUUACUAAAUCACAAAUCCAGUUGGGAUUGUAGCACUUACAUGCAACACUUAAAUAGUACAAUUUAUACAGCUGAUACAGGAUACCCAUAGUCACUUUCUUCAGUAUACCCAGCUUUUAUCAGACAAGAGCAAAAAGAGCAAAAACUCAACUAUGAAUUCUUUUUCAACCUGAGCUCUCAUUCACUGAACAUACUGUUUUGGGAACAGCAGAGACUAGAAUAUAUGGGAAUAAUGAAACUGUGACCAACAGUUAAAAAUGCUGUUCAAGCAGUAGUUCCUGGAACAAUAUCCAGGAUUCCAUACUGACAGUGACAUGUGCACCUUGAUGCAUCUCAGCAGACUGAUCUCCCAUGGUUGUCAAGUUUUGGUGAUACUGCUCUGUGGUUCAUGAGUUUUUGGCCUGUCAGUGCUGUGUGUUGAAGAACAGAGACUUCACUUUUACUUCAGAAAUUCGAAUUAAUUUGUAGUACUUCAAGUAAAAAGGGGGAAAGGAUAGUCUCGACAACUAUUAACAGAGGAUUUUGGAAGUACUGCCUUCACAACCAAAAGUUACAUUAGUAAUCAUAUAGCUUGCCUUCAUUUCUCAUUACAUUCCCCAAAAUUAAAAGACACAUUUCAGAAGAGUUCUUCUUACAGUAUUCUGUUGAUUGGCAUGUAAAAACCAAGGCACCCUUGAAAACUAUGGGAAGACUGCACUGACUACAUUUGAGGCAGGUUUUCUUCACAACAUUCUAAAUUGUGUAACUGCUGUGGAGCAAAGGGAUCUGCAAAAGCAGAUGUUUCUGCCAGCGAGCAUGCAGAAAUUGGAGCAGGGCCUUCACCAUCAGAAAACAGCUGCUUCGUUCUCUAAAUUUUAGUGGGAAGGGGGCAGGGAAGAGAUGUGUCUUUGGGCACUGAUUUCAUGUAUCCCACAUUAAUGCAAGCAAUUCAAAGAUGACCUUUUUUUAUUGCUUCAAUAAAAUGUAUAAAUCUAUCUAUGUUGGUUGAAAGAUUAAUUGUAAACCUUCUGAUUUUACUAAAGCUGUGUAAAGUAUCUGAAGUGGUCUAAAUGGUGGCAGGAGGCAUGUGAUACAUUUUCCAGGUGAUAUUAAUAAAUGUUCUUCUUCAAUAU